UUCUUGCUUCUUCUUCUUUUCUUUUUUUUUUAAAUAAUUAAUUUGAUUUUAUUUGAAUAUUACAAUAGACAUUCACGAACCUCACCAAAAUACCAGUUGCCACCUUAAACCCGUGGAUCGUUACCUGGAAGUGUAAGCCCCUCGAAGAUGUCUGCGGCGUCUUCAGCUUUCUUGGUACCCUUUUCCAAGUACUCAACUUCAACACCAGUGUUUUAUCUCUCUAACUCUCAUGUUCGUAGCUUCACGGCUCCAACAAACAAAUCUCAUCCUCGAUCAAGUGGUUUUUAUGGAGGAGCCAGCUUCUUCCAUGGAUUUUGUGGCUUUAAAUUAUGGAUACUUGAGAGCCUUAACCUACGGCAGCCCAAGGGAAAAUUUGGUCCUAAACAUGAGUUGAAGAUUAUAAAAAAUCAAGACAAAGAUCAUUCAUCAAUUCAUAUUGAAACAACUUCAUCAUUUGAAGAACAAGCCUCUGAUGGAACAACAAUUGAGUUGGGGCAUGUGUCCACUUCUAUGCAAUCUCCUACAUCUUUACCACAAACACAUUCCUCUGAUUUCCCAAGUGAUGUUGCUGGACGACCAUCAGGUCCAUCACUGUGCAUAGCUGUCAUAGGAGCUACUGGUGAGUUGGCAAGGAGAAAGAUCUUUCCAGCACUAUUUGCUCUGUAUUACACUGGGUUUCUUCCUGAGAAUAUUGGAAUAUUUGGUUAUUCGAGAAAGAAUUUGACAGAUGAAGAUCUAAGAUCAAUAAUAGCUUCAACUCUGACUUGCCGUGUUGAUCAUCAAGAAGACUGUGGAGACAAAAUGGAUACUUUUCUGAGUAGGACAUAUUACAUUAAUGGCGGUUAUGAUAACAGAGAAGGGAUGCUAAAGCUUAAUGCCCUAAUGGAGCAUGUUGAGGGGGGAUCUGCAGCGAACAGAAUAUUUUACCUUUCGGUGCCACAAGAAGCACUUAUAGAUGUUGCUUCUUCUCUUGCCGAUUAUGCCCAAACCAUCAAGGGCUGGAACCGUAUAAUAACUGAGAAACCAUUUGGCUUCAAUUUACUAUCAUCUCUUCGGUUGACACAGUCUCUUCUUUCCAAGUUUAAGGAGAGGCAAAUAUACAGGAUUGAUCAUCUCCUAGGCAGGAACCUUAUUGAAAAUCUUACAGUUUUAAGAUUUUCCAAUCUAGUUUUUGAGCCACUAUGGAGUCAUAAAUACAUAAGAAAUGUACAGAUUGUCUUAUCAGAAGACCUGUGUGUGUACGCAUCAAGGUAUUUUGAGGGUUAUGGGAUAAUUCGAGACAUAGUACAUAGUCAUAUACUCCAAACAAUAGCAUUGCUUGCCAUGGAACCUCCUAUAAGUCUUGAUGGUGAAGAUAUUCGAAACGAAAAGGUCAAGGUUAUGAGGUCGAUCCGCAAAUUGGAACCUAGUGAUGUUAUACUUGGGCAAUACAAAGCAGGCAGGGAGGAUAAAGUUGAUGUGUAUACAGACAGUCUGACACCCACAUAUUUUGCUGCUGCAAUGUAUAUUGACAAUGCACGCUGGGAUGGUGUGCCUUUUUUGAUUAAAACUGGAAUAGGACUCAUUGAACACAGGGUGGAGAUACGUAUACAGUUUCAUCAUGUCCCAGGAAACAUUUAUCGAGAGCGAAUGGGGCAUAAUAUUGACCUUGUUACCAACGAGCUGAUUUUACGAGAUGCUCCAGAUGAAGCCAUCCUCAUCAGGGUCAAUAAUAAGAUCCCAGGACUGGGGUUGUACUUGGAUUCCCCAGAAUUGAAUUUGCUUUACAAGGACAAGUACAAUGUUGACAUACCCGAUUCAUACGAGCAUCUUCUUCUUGAUGCCAUCCACGGUGACAAUCAUCUGUUCAUGAGAAGCGACGAGGUUGCAGCUGCGUGGAAUAUUCUAAGUCCAGUCAUCCAGGAAAUAGACAAGAACAAUAUAGUACCAGAGCUGUAUGAAUUGGGGGGAAGAGGUCCAAUUGGUGCAUACUAUUUGUGGGCAAAACAUGGAGUUCGGUGGGCAGAGGACUAGCGUUAUUUUUUUUGAAGAGCAACUAAAUCCAUGGAACUACAAUAUUACAUCAUGAAGUUGAUAAAGUUCCUUGCCAGAAAACAAAUAAACUACAUUAUCUAUUUAAAUAAAUUGAAACCACUGAUUCAACUCA